AUGGAUGUAACAUUUCGGGAGUCUGAGCCAUUCUAUAUAUCUUCUGUGUCCUCUUCCUCUCCAGUCACCUCUGGAACUGAUCGAGAAGGGGAGUUCUCUGGAGGGAGUCCUAUUACUGUGGAUAAACUCCCAAAAAAAGACCCUCUAAAUGAGAAGUGGGUCAGCGGCUUCCGUUCUCAAUCCCGUGGUUCACAGGGUGGAUACGGCGGUGGCAUCGACGGCAGUAGCAACAUCGGUGGCAUCGACGGCAGUGACGGAAGCAACAACAGCGAUGGCAAUGACAGCGGCGGCGGCGGAAGCAGCAACAGCGGUGGCAAUGGCAGGGUGUGGUAG